CUUCUCGCUUCUACUCCGUACAUCCAUAUUCGUUGCCAUUGUGUGCCUAACUUAGUACUUAGUACCUAUUGGUCUGUUGACUUGCGCAUCUUGCUGGCUACCUAAUAACAGUCGCCCGAGUAAGGGCCAGAUAAAAAGGUUGCAAAAUCGCCAACCACAGCACAUCUCGAAUGUACUACCUAAGUAAAUCGAUUGAAUAUAAUCAUAAAUCACCAAAAAACCAGGCUAGCGGCAUGAUUCGAGAUUCGCUGUGUGACUUUCUACCUGAUAACCCGUCGUUUAGAUUUCCAGGUCACGCACAGCAUUGAUUUCACUUGCAGCAUAACAGCAUAUAGCAUACAGCCUUCAGCAUUUUCAUACUAAACACUCUUCUACACAUCUCCCCCCACUCCCCACCCCCGUCUCUGGCGGGUUAGCAGAUGAUGUCUUCAUCCAGCGAGGGAGCAGAGCUUAAGCUCGUGUCCUCAAUACGCUAUAAAUUUGCCAGUGUAUCCGGCGACGAGAAGAAGCUUAGCGACGUUCUGCACACCCACCUUGUGCCCCUUCUUGAUAAAGCCGGUAGCCAAAACAAAGCUGUCCGGGAUGCUGCUUUUCAAGCGUUCAUCAGUGUCAACAACUUUGUCAAGCCCGUGGGCGUGGUUCUGCCUGUCGCCGCUCUUAUAGGCCAGUAUAAGAGGAACAGUUCGCCUAUGGUAAAACAGCUGGACCUUAACCUCAUCAAGCAGGGAAUCCUUAGACUGAGCCAGCCGGAACGCCGAAGCCUGCUUCCCGUAGUCCUUCGAGGAAUCUCGAAGGAGACUAGCUCGAGCGGCGCGGCUGGUUUCUUCAACAUCUUCCUUCGCCUACUACUAGAUAUUCAAAUACCUUCACGGGGUAGCAAUGAAGAUCUUGCGUUUCGAGAAAACUCUGGUCUCUCUGACCCAGCGGAUGCCAAAUACUUGUCUCAGUGGCUGGGAAAACUCUUCCUUUUCAGACAAGACCUAGCCUUGGCAACUGAAGAGGAGCUCGAUGCGAAGCUCCUAGCUUUACCAUCCGGCCUUUCUCGUGAGGAUGUCGCAUUUCUAAGAAAUAACAAUCCCCUUACCUGGAACCCACGUAGUCCAAACAGCCUCAGCUUACCGGAAUGUAAAACCAAGGUCGUCAAUUUCUUAGCCAGUGGGGCCUUCACAGAUAGCGAGCGUCAUAUACCUGCCAUAUGUGCCUCUGGAUCUUCAGACUCACGAAUCACCUUGAUAGCUGAAGACGUUAUAAAACGCUCGAAUAUUGAGCUCGAAAACAAGGAGGUGGUUCAAUCGCUAUAUAAUGCACAUAAGAGGUUCCCCGCCGCUCAUCGGAUACAGAUCCUCAAGCUACUUUCUAAGUCCGUUGUCGCUUGCAGCUUCAAAAGCGAGAUUGUAGAAGCUGUGAAAGAGGACUUCGACCUUGCUUCUGGGGAAAAUGCUUCCGUCCUUGGCCUCGAGGGCCUGCGAUUAAACAAGGCGCUAUUGGCAUUUUUGGGCUGGAUUGCUCGGAAUGGUUCUACAAUCGACGACACUGGCCAUGACAUAGGCCCUAUCCUCGUUCUUAUUUUGAAGGAUUACAUCCUAAGCCAAGGGUGGCCAGAGCCAGCACCUCGAGGGAACCAAUCACAAACUCAAGAUGAACAGAGAUUGCGAGCCAAUGCGUACGAAACGAUUGGUAUUCUAGCUAGGGGGUCUCGUUUUGAGCAUAAAGCGAAGGACUCACUCCUCAAGUGGCUAUUCGACUCUCUAGUCUCCGAUCCAAGCCCAGAAAUUGUCGUCUAUAUCGAGAGCGCUUUGUCAAGUAUGAUGGGCCUCUUCAAGCCGACCACCUUGGCAGAAAACAGGGACCUGGAAAUACUUCUCCUAGAGUAUAUGACCUUGCCCGAGGUGCAAGGCAGGAGGACGGCACGGCAUGUGGCAGCACGUUUUGCAAACAAUUCUCUCCCUUACAGUAACAUACAGGCUCGAUGGAUCAACAUGCUUGCCUUGGGGGGUGGGACUUCUCAACGACGCGACGUAUUAGAAGAAGGACAACGAGGACUCGAUCCUUGGUGGGGAAGCAAAUUGCAUCCUGACACUCGACUAACUCUACCAGACUGGACAAAGUUGGCAAGGAAACUUUUCGAUACCGGUUACGAGGAACCUGAUGAGGAUCAAAUGGUUAUUGACCAUAAGUCCAGAUACAUAUUGUUCCGCAAUGGUCAUCUUCAAGCUUUCCCAAUUGCGAUACGUUAUGUAAAGCAGAUUUUGUUUCUGACUGCAUUGAACGAAGAUCAAUUUGAAGUGGACUGGGAGUCGCAACUGGAAAGAAACCUUCAGAACAGUCUACAGACCCGAAACAGCAUUAGAAAAUACCUUUCCACCGCUGAUAAGGAAGCCCUCUCGGCAAUACUCAACGCAGCUUUCGAUGGCCUGCGGGAUCAUCCUGACCUUGGCGCUGAAGAGUACGUUAGCUGCCUCGCGGGAAUUCUCCCAUUCGCUCCAUCAGUUGAUAUUAUAUCACCCCUAUCCGCGAGGACGUCAGAAUUGCUUGCCGUGAUAAAAUCAAACAAUCAGAACGUAAGGCAACUAGCGUCAAAGGUCUUCGGAAUACUUGCUCCAUGGAACAACCAAUCUCCCACCAUGAUUUCCCAACUACGAAAUUUCGUCGAGUCCUGUCAAGAGCCUUCAGCAUCUCAGUCUGCGGAGUAUCAGGGCUCUCUUCUUUGCCUAGGAAGCUACUUUUCUCGGGCCGCCUAUUAUGGUAAAGUUAAACCCGAUGAUGUAACCGACCAUGUUCAUUUUAUCUAUGAAAGCUUCACUGCUGCUUUACAAAGGGGGAGUGAUGAUAUCACGUCUGCUGCUUUAGACUCCAUGGCUGAAAUCUGGACUGCAAAUAUUCACUUUCCCCAGAAUGAUGAAGAUCUAGUGAGAACCGUCGAUUCUCUCGCUAAGCUCGCAAUUUCAGGGAACGAAAAAGCGAUAAGUACGUUGGGGAGGCUGUCAAUACCGUCUCCAGCUAGCUUGUCGGAUAGUGAGGCAGAUCCCCUGACAAAUAUCAUGAGAAAACUAUUUGAAUUGUCUGAAAUCAGGAGGACGGAAGUUCAUUUUGCUACCGGAGAGGCAAUUGCAUGUGCGAUAGCACGUUGGGAUUCCGAGGCUCUACAACUCAGCCUAGACGUCGAACCCUCCGGAACUGGUAGAUCAGGAAUCAUUGAUGUGCUCACGAAACGGCCUUCCACCAUUAGUAAAACAGUCGAUAAGCUCAUCACCGAUUGUAAAACUACGAAGCCAUCGUUGUUGAAAGCCUCGGGGAUAUGGCUCUUCUGUAUAAUUCAGUACUGCUCUAACCUCCCCGAGAUACAAUCCCGGUUGCGCGAGUGCCAGGUUGCAUUCAUGCGACUGUUAACUGCUCGUGAUGAGCUCGUACAAGAAACCGCGUCUCGUGGUCUUGCAUUAGUUUAUGAGAAGGGGGACCAGUCUCUCAAGGGUGACCUUGUGAAGGACCUAGUAGCAAGCUUUACGGGGAACAAAACACAGCUAAAAGUUGAUGAAGACACGGAGCUUUUUGAUGCAGGUGCCCUACCGACAGGCGAAGGCAAGUCGAUCACGUCAUACAAAGAUAUCAUCAGUCUUGCCAACGAAGUGGGCGAUCAAAGUCUUAUAUAUAAGUUUAUGGCUCUCGCUACAAAUGCUGCAACAUGGACUGCUCGUUCAGCCUUUGGCCGGUUCGGGUUAAGUAAUAUCUUGUCCGAUGCGGAAUUGGAUCCCAAGAUAUAUCCAAAGUUAUAUCGGUACCGGUUCGAUCCAAACUCCAACGUGCGAAGGUCAAUGGAUGACAUCUGGAAAGCAGUUGUCAAAGACCAAACAGCCAUCAUCGAUACACAUUUUGAUUCCAUCAUGAACGACCUCCUGAGAAGUAUCCUAGAUGGUAAGGAAUGGCGUGUGCGGGAGGCGAGCUGUGCAGCAAUAGCGGAACUUGUCUACGGAAAGCCAUUUCCUAAGUAUAAAAUGUACUACACAGAUAUCUGGAAGGUGACACUGAGAGUCCUUGAUGAUCAGAAAGGUUCUGUUAGGGCUGCCGCGUACAAGCUUUGCAUGAGUUUGUCAAAGACACUUAUCACGCAACUCCAGGAGAACAACUCUUCAGCUUCUGCCAGAGCAAUGAUUGCCGAAGUCCUCCCAUUCCUACUGUCCGAUAAGGGCAUUGAAAAUUCGGUUCAAGAUGUGAAACUAAUGUCGAUCAGCACAGUCCUAGACGUUGUCAAGAACGGGGGUGAUGCGCUGAAGUCCUUCAUCUCCACCAUCAUUACACAUUUCCUGGGACUACUCAGCACCGUGGAGCCAGAAGUGGUUAAUUACUAUUAUCAACGAGUUAACGAAGAAGAUCGCGAAGGUCUUGACAAAUUACGAAGCAGUGCUGUCACGCGAUCACCCAUGUUCGAGUGUAUAAUGGACUGUUUGCGAUAUGUCGAUGAGGAUAUUAUGAAAGGACUAGCACCCCAACUAGUGUCGACUAUUAAGUCGGCUAUCGGAAUGCAAACGAAGAUUGGAUGUGGUGAGGUUCUGAGCACUCUUGCUCUUCGACAUAGCGUUUUUUUGCCGCCAUACAACGCACUGUUCCUGAAGACUAUGGAAACGCAAAUUCUCGAUCGAAACCACGAAACAAGCAAGGCCUAUGCGAGAAGCUCGGCGUAUUUGUUGCGGUCGGCAAACCUAGAAGCACGAGAUCGGUUCACAACCAGAAUCCUAGAUUUAUAUUUUGCAGCCGAUGAUGAUACGAGACGACAGAAAGUUGCCGACGUGGUCUUAGCUAUAGCGAAGGUGUCCCCAGACGUGUUUACCGACCUAGAAGCUCGUCUCUUACCUUUCGCGUACUUUGGAAAGCAUGACACCGACGAAUACGUAUCUGAGGAAUUUGAAGCAGUUUGGGGUCAACAUGCUGGAGGAAGUCAUACUGUUAAGCGUUUCAUUGAUGAAAUCACACGAUUCGCUAUCAAAGGGUUGGCCACCUCAAAAUGGGCACUUCAGCAUGGUGCUGCAUUAACUAUUGCGUCUAUGGUUACGGCUCUCAGCAGCGCUAUCGGAAAUGAUGGACAGCUUGCUGAGUCAGAUUUGCGGAAUAUAUGGCCAGUGCUGGACAAGGCGCUGUCGCUAAAGACGUUCAAGGGCAAAGAAAAGCUAGUGACGGCAUACCCUCUCUUCGUUCUCCACGGCAAGAGUCUAUGGGCGGCAGACUCAGUCCUCGCGGCACAAAUGAAGAAGAUAGCGAUACGUGAAGCGAAACGAAACAACGACGAAUACCGGCCUCAUGCUCUUCAAGCACUUGCUGAAUUCGCCAAAGCUCGUGAUGACCUAGACAUGUAUGCGGAGGUAGUUAGUUUGGCGUCACAGUACCUUGAGCCUGACGAUGAAGCUCAUAAGAUCACGGAACUAGAGCGGAAGACUACCGACGCGGCACUGAGAGUUGCUUUGACAUCGUACAAUCGGCACAAAUUGCAAUCAACCCCCAUUGCCGUACUUGGAGAUGUGGCUACUACGGCGGAGGGGGCGAAGCAAGCUAUCUCUCUCGCGAAGGACACCUGGUUCACUAGCGUAACUGAGAUUAUGGAUGAGGUGGCAGUCUUGGGGGGCUCUACGGAUACGGGGGCGGGUGUAAUUGCUACUCGGUGGUUCAGAUUACUAGUAGCGAACGAGGGCGAAGUAAUCCUCGAGAAUCAACGGUCCAGUAGAGCUAAAGCGCUUGGUGCGUUUGUAAAGGCAUGGAACAAGGGCGUGUUUGGGUCCGUUGGCGAGCAGGGGGUACUGCGCGAGGAGAUAUCAGAGAAGUUGAAGGUGAUGGUGGAGGCGGAGCGGUCGAUAGAUGUACAGAAGCUCCUGGAUCAGGUUGCGAAACAACUCGAAGUUGUCUAAGGAUGGAUGAGUGGAGGUGAUUUGGUGUAGGUAGGUACCUAGAUAUACCAAGGUAUAUAUUCCUUAGUGCCUAUUCAUAGAUAGAUGAUAACUUGAAGUUCCAUUGGCUCUCUAUAAGUAGACUUAAAGUAGUACAUACACUAUGAUACAC